GGAAGGGUGUGUGUGAUAGAGAGACGUUCAUGUUGGACAGUGCCGGGGUGUGUUAAGGUUAGCCUGUGGGCACACGGUUCAUAUAGAGGAGGAGUACUGAGUGUAGCGCUGCAAGAUGCUGAAGAACUGUGGAAAGAAGCUGUUGCUGUCCAUGGUGGGUGCGACCCUCACCUGCCUGCUGGUGCUCAUGGUGGAUCAGCAGAGCCGGCCGAUGGUGCAGAGCAGAGAGGAGCCCGGCGCUGGAGCCGCUCAUUUACGGGCAGCCCUGGAGCCCGCCAACCCCGGGGAUGAGGGGAACGCUAACAAGGGAGCCCAGGAUGCCGGCACCUUCUCUGCUUAUUUCAAUAAACUCACCCGGGUGAGGAGAGACGUGGAGCAGGUGGCGACCCCGUCCAAAGCUUCCCAGGCUCCCGUAGAAGAUAUCACGGCCAACGAUGUAUUCAUAGCGGUGAAAACCACCAAAAAAUUCCACCGGUCCCGAAUGGACCUGCUGAUGGACACGUGGAUCUCCCGCAAUAAGGCGCAAACUUUUAUCUUCACUGAUGGGGAAGACGAAGAGCUUCAGAAAAAGACAGGCAAUGUAAUUAGUACAAACUGCUCAGCUGCUCACAGCCGCCAAGCUCUUUCCUGCAAGAUGGCAGUAGAAUAUGACAAGUUCAUAGAGUCUAAUAAGAAGUGGUUCUGCCAUGUCGACGAUGAUAACUAUGUAAAUGUCCAGACACUAGUGAAACUGCUUUCUCGAUACUCCCAUACCAACGAUAUCUACAUUGGGAAGCCAAGCUUAGACCGGCCUAUCCAAGCUACAGAGAGGAUCAGUGAGAACAAUAUGCGUCCUGUCAAUUUUUGGUUUGCUACUGGAGGAGCUGGCUUCUGUAUUAGCCGUGGAUUGGCCCUUAAAAUGAGUCCAUGGGCAAGUGGAGGGAAUUUCAUGAAUACAGCAGAAAAGAUCAGGCUUCCUGAUGACUGCACCAUUGGUUAUAUCAUUGAGUCUGUGUUGGGAGUGAAACUCAUCCGCAGUAACCUCUUUCAUUCGCAUCUGGAGAAUCUGCAUCAAGUUCCCCAGAGUGAGAUCCACAAUCAGGUGACAUUAAGUUAUGGGAUGUUUGAAAACAAGCGGAACGCCAUUUUGAUGAAGGGUGCCUUUUCUGUAGAAGAAGAUCCUUCACGGUUCCGGUCUGUCCAUUGCUUACUAUACCCAGAUACUCCCUGGUGUCCGUGGAAAGCUGCUUACUAGAAGACAAUGAAUCUUCUGCAAACUCGUCCCAAGUUUCCCUGGUAUCCAAAGGGCUUGUGGGACCUCUACGUUGUCCUUGCUGUGAAAAUUGCUUGUAUUUUGAUUCUGUGCUUAGCGCAGAGUAAUAUUCUAUUAGGCUGCUGUGC